AGCAGCGGACCAAUAAAACAGCAGACGGUUGUAUUUUGAAUGAGACGCGGUUGAUGGCUGCUCGACGCGGAGGGACUGUUUACCUUCUCCUCCUCUUCUCCUGGCUUGUUUUAUAGCUGUCUGGUACAAUUUGGAAGUUGUAAAAGAAGUUUCCCAGCACUCCACAGCAAUGUCCUCCAGGAAGUCAAGUGUCAGUGGGGAAGGCUGGCCUUCAAGCAGAUGUGGAGAGCGUACCCCUCUGAAAAGUGUGCAGAAUGAAAUGCUGCAUCUGUCAACUCCAUCAUCGAGGUUGAAAUCAAAAUCACUGCUCAAUGCUGAUGUUGUGAAACCGACAAAGGGCGAUGUUCCUCUCUGUGACCCCGAGCCCCACUUGCAAUCUCCUCCAUCCACCAAAGUGAUUCAAAUCAAUGCUUCCACUAUUGAUGUAGCAACUACUGAGACAGCUUGUGGGCUUGGAGAUGUAACAUUUAAAUCCUUCGUCUGUCCUGGUGGGGAGAUCGAGGUUGCAGACUCCUCAGUGUGUGCCGAAGAGAGUAUUAUUUUAUCCAAUGACCAGGCUAUGAAAAGCACACAUGAAACAGAAGAUACAGUCAUCUCUGACAGUGUAAUAGUUCAGUCAUGCAGUGACCACAUUGAACACCCCUAUUACAAUCCUGAGAUGAAAGAUGCUUCUUUUGUUGACAAUGUCGCAGCAUGUCUUUGUGAAAUUUCAAACCCUACACUACCAUCUGGAGAUUUGGAUGAUAGACGCGUCACACAGAAAGACUGCUGUGGAAAGAAAGAUGUCACUUUGAAAUCCUUUCUCUGUGAUGGCAGUGAGGUGGAAGUUUCUGAUGUCACCACACUCCAAGAUGAGACCAUUCCUCUGCCAAAGGCACAGCUGAGUGAACCUUUACAAGAUGACAGUGUAAAUUUAACAAAUCUCUCUGACUGUGGCCAACUCUGUCAAGCGGAAAAUGCAGAUCAUCCGAACUUAAACAGCGAAAAUGGUGAUUGUGCCAUCACCUCCUUCUCUGAAACCACAGAUGGCUCUAAAAAGCCUGCUGAUGGACUGAGUGAUAUAACCUUCAAAUCAUUUAACUGCACUGGAGGUGUGAUUGAAAUUUCAGAUGGCACCAAACUUGCAGAUGAGACUGUUCCUCUACCAGCUGACCAAACUACGAACUGUGGCGAGUCAUACAACUAUGGUAGAGAUCCAAGCAUGUUAGCUAGUGACCAAGAUGUGCAAAAUGGUAAUCAUGUAGAUCACCAAUACUGUAAUAUUGAAAAUUACCGAUUGGGGGAACCAUUACCAUUCAGCCUUGAUGUUGUGGAGGAGGUUAAACAGAUAAGCUUGGUGGUACCUGAUAGCCAGACUGCCAGAAGUGACGUUGAAAUAUCAGAUAGCACCCAGUUGUCUCAGAAGACGCCCACUAUGACUGACGACCAGGCUGUGAUCGGCCAGCUCCUUGAUGACAAUGGUGUACCUACUUCCGUUACACAGGAUCACAUUCAAGAUGAACAACCUAACAGCCAUGUGGAAAAGGCUGAAGUUGUGGUAGAUGCCGUCCCACCAGCUAUCAGUACAUCUUCACUGACUCACACAUCUUUAAAGCCAUUGGAUGAUAAAUCUGUUAACUGUCAAAUGCAAGAAACAUCAAAAAAGUACUCGGUGCAUCCUGAAGACAGUGCAUCGCCUUCAAUGCUUCAUAGAACUGAGUCUCCUAACAGCAGCCAUGUUGCGGCUCUGGCAGAGACUCUUACACCUGUUGAUGUGGGAAGUGUCUCUCUAGUGCACAACAGCAGUGGACCCCAUGAAUCCAGUGAGGCAAAAGACAGCGCUCUUGGUUCAUCUGGCAAUGGACCUGUUCUUUGCAACUCUGCAGAAAAACCUCAGGCAGCAAACCUCACUGAUGUUUUGAAAGUGCUGUCAGAGUGUCCUUCAAUCGCAUCAGGCUUUCAGUUUGGGAUCCUCAGUCCUGCUGUUCGUAGAGCCUCACUCGCUGUAUUAAAGGCGUUUAAGGUUCCUGCUUUGGACCAAUUUUUGGCUGACGAUUCUGCUCUCGAGGAUGAAAAGAGCGUGUUGGCCCCUUUUAAUGUUGACCCCGCCAGGCUAUGGGCAGAGCACUUGGAGAGCCCCAUGCCACGUCCUCUGUUUAACUCUACAGCACUAGGUUGCACGCCCCAGCCAGACCCAGUCAAUCAUCCAGUUGAGGAGGUGGGUGGAAAGCCUUGUGCAGAGUCUCAGUCUGAAGUUAAGAAGCCAGUUUUGGAUAUUCCUUUGAUUCCAGACGGUCCCCUCCAGCAGCAGCUCCGGCAGAUGGCAGAGUUCCUUUUCUUGGCGUCAGGAAAGAUGGUUCCUGCUGCCGUCUCUGCUCCCGUUCCGCCUCCUGCUGCUGUCAAGGUCCCAUCUGCAAAAGCUACUCCUGCAGAAUCCCACAGUGCAUGUGUGGGCACCACUCCCGUUAAAUGGUUGGACCACAGCUCCAAUACAUCUGGCCAAUUUGUGAGAAAGAGGGAUUUCUCUGUGGUUGAUUCCUGCACUCUAACUGACCCUCUCUUGUGGAACCUGCCUCCAGGCAGCCUAGAGUGUCUCCCCAGACAAGAGCUGGAACAGAGGUUAAGAUCUAGCAUGAUCAUGGUAGAGGCUCUUGUGCAGCAGUUGGAAGCAUCAAGGGCAAAUGGAUGUCCGUCUGCUGGCCCUGCACCAUCAGACCUACGGGAGAAGCUAGUGCAGACAGACCACACUGAACUCAGUCAGACCACAAUGUACAGAGACCUAUAUUUGGAGGCUCUGAGCAGGAUUGGUGAGUUGGAGUUGGACGGAAGUUCUCUACAGAACCUCAUCCAGUGUAUGCAGGACAUGAGGGUCACCAUGACUUCUUUGAGUUGUGACACAGAUGUUGCUCUCUCUAACAUGAAGCAAAUGGGAGACGUUGUCAGAGGGGACCAUCAAAGCCUCGUUUCACAUUACGGUCAGAUGAAGUCUCUAUUGGCGAAAACAAAGGAGACGCAGACAACAAUGAUGCAGAAGGUCAAAGAUGCUUUUCGCCAAAGAGAUGACAUGAGGCUACAGAUGGAGGACGCCUUCACAACCAAGGAGGCGGCCUUCAGUGCGAUGGAACAGCUCAGGACGCAUUGUGCCUCAGAAAUCUCAGAGCUGGAGAAUAUUGUGGGCUCUCAGCAAGAACUGUCAGCAGCCCUACACCAGACUUAUCCAGAACAGGUUGCAUUAAGGCAGACCUACACUGAAGUGCUGAAUUCUGCUUCUGAUGUUUUGUCCACAACCAUGGAGGAACAAUCCAGUUUGAUGAAAGAACUCUGCACAGUCAGAGAGCUUCUGAAGAAAACUACUCCCAUGCUCCUGAAGCUGAAUGAGAAGGCAGCUGCUGCUUUGAGAGAGAGGGACGAACAUCUGUCUGAACGAGACCAAGCUGUUGAAGAGAGAGAGCAGAUCGAGGAAGAAUGUAACCAAACUCACAUGAAUCUCCGAGCUGCCACAGAGCAGAUCGGUGAUUUAAAUCUGCAGGUGACAAUUCUGACGUCAGAAAUGGGUGUGCUGCGUCAGAAGCUAACAGAAAGAGAUGAAGAGAGGGGUCUGCUGGAGAGGAAGGUGACGGAGCUUUCUGCCACAGUUUCCUCCACGUUGGCCUCCUACACCUUCCUGGAGCAGGCCCUUGCUGCUGAGACUACAAAGUUGCGGCAGUCAUGGAGGGACAUCCAGCAAGCCAAGGACAGAGCAAAUGAGUUGGAGACGUCACUGGGUCAGUCGGAGCAGCGUGUGCAUGAGCUCAGUCGGGCUCUGGCUCAAAGUGAGGAGCAGCUCAAUCAGCUGCAGGUCGUCUCACAAUCCCAGAACAUGCAGAUCCAGCAGCUCCAGGAAGUCUGUACUCAACUCAGGGGUGUGGGGGAGAUGAACGAGUUCUUACAGGUGGAGAACGAAUUGGCGAGGGAGCAGAUGUCUGAAAGUGAGCGUGUGCUGAGGGCCAACCUGCAAGGGCUCCGGGAGAGGAACAUCCAGUGUGAGGACCUAAAAGGAGAACUUGGUCAACUUCAGCUUGAGAACAGGAGUUUGCAGGAGGAGCUGGAAACCACAAGGUCCAGAGCCGGUGCCAACCAGCUGGAGCUUGGACAGAAACUGGCACAGGCGGUUACUGAAAUAAUUUUGCUGCAUCACACACUGCGGGGACUGACCAAUGAACUACAUGCAUCUCUCAAUGACCAGAAACCAGAACCACAGAAGGAUAAAGAGUCUCAACCAGUCCUGACCGUUGAGCGUCGUCACCCCUCCAGCUCUUUUGUCGACAGCAUCAUGGUUGCAUUAACUGCUGAGAAGGAGGAUGAGGUCGCAACAGACACACCUCCUGGAUCAGUCCCCUCAGACACGCCCGAGCCACAAUGUGAAACUUUGUUCAGUGGGACGAGCGCCUUCACCCGCAUUGCAGUCACUCCUAAAAAGAAUUUGAAUGCAGUAGAGUUUGAUCCUGAGGAGGACGAGGACGAGCAGAGCAGCGUGGCAGAGCUGUUCACUGACCUGGGCGGCACCGUCGCAGAGCUCAUCAGCACUGUGAAGCUGUUGCAACAGCGUAGAGAUGCUCAGCUGCACGGGAUGCACAACACUAUCUCUGGCCUGCAGGUGGAGCAGCAGGCUGCAAACAAUAGACACAAGGCAGAGGUGUUUGAGCUGAAGCAUCAACUCAGCUGCCUGAACAGCCUGCUUGAGAGGGGAAAUCAGGCGAUGCAGCAGAAAGCUCAGGAUGAGAAAACUAUGGCAAAGCUGAUGGCAGAUAUACAAGAGACCCAGGAAACUCUAAAUAAACACAAGACUGACAGCAAUGAAUUGCGGAUUGAGGUGGUUGAGCUUCGUCGUUCUCUCAAGCAGUCAACGGUGGAGUCUAAAUUCCUGCAGGAGGAGUUGAGAAAAGCUGGUAGCCAAUCAGCUAACCCGGCACAUUUCAUGGAAGAGAAGAUCCAGUUAUUGAGAGAGGUGGAGAGACUGAAGUUGAAUCUUCAGGAGGCGGAGCAGGCCAGAGUUAAGCUCCUUGAUAGAGCAAAGAGACAUCAAAACAUCCACCAGGCCAACCAGCUGAAAAGUGAGAAUGAGCUCCAGAUGUUAAACAAAGUCCUCAACAAAGUCAGAGAGACUCUUCUGUCUCUGCCGGUGGCCAUGAAGAAUUGUGAACAACUCCAACUGCUCGUCGAAUACAUCGGCUGACAUGUUUGUUGUUGUCACCUGUGUUCAUUGUAUUUAUGUCUGUUAUGUUUUAGCUUGUCCGAGCUGUAAGUGUUCAGAUUUUAAGUGUGAUUUAAAUAAAAUUAAUUAAUCUUAUGGA